UUUCAGUGUGAAGAUCAGAAACGGUUGCUUCUUAGCAACUUGUGGGCACUAGACCACACAGCACUUGAUCUGAAGCACAGAUCAAGAAUGUUCAACUAGUCUUUUUGAAAUUAUGUAUUUAUUUGUUUGUUUUCGGUUGUGUUAUCACAUUAACAGUUAAAAUGCAACACAAUUUAUUCUGUUGGCAUUUGGGUUUUAUACCUGUUGCAUACCGUAACCAUAAACUCUGUUUCAGGUAGCUACAAUAUGUACAAAUAUAUGUAGAUAUGAAAUAAAAGUAUAUACUAUAGGUAUCAGUGAUCUAAAAUGCUACAAAUAAUACUGUUGUCAAACCAGCAGUGACACUCUGCUUACAAAGCUUCUACAGAAGAAAAGAAACUUUGUGGUUAAAAGAAGUGAACCGGAUUCUAGCAUCAAGCUCACAUGCAGACAUCCACGUAGUGAAUUUCGGUGACAAUACACAACACACAUUAGACAACAAGCACUGGACAGCACGUCUACAGUUUUCUUAUUGCUUUUUCAGGGAUUGUUUGUUCUGUGUUUAGAAGUUCAACAUGGAGGCUGGAGAUUUCUGGUAUCAUAAAACACCACCAAAAUAUUCAGAAUCAGAGAAAACAUUUCAUUCACCUGAGCUGAGAAUUGUGCUGCUGGGUCUUUCUGGUGUUGGAAAGAGUGCCACAGGAAAUUUGAUACUGGGCAGAAAGGCUUUUAAAGAGACCAGAACCAGAGUGAGUGAGAUACAAAGAGGAAGAGUAGAGGAUAGAAUCAUCUCAGUCGUCGACACUCCAGGAUUCUUCACCACUGAACUGACUUACGAAGACCAGCAGAAUGAAAUAAAAAGGAGUGCUUCUCUCUGUCACCCUGGUCCUCAUGUGUUCCUGCUGAUGAUCGACCUAAAGAACAUGAAAGAAGAGAGGAACCUUGUGAGAAAAAUUCAGGACAACUUUGGACCACAGGCUUUUAAGUUCACCCUGGUUUUGUUCAUUGGAAGAGAGCAAAUGUCCAACAAAGAAUGGAUGGUCUUUGUGCUUAGUACAAAAUUUCAGGAGCUAGUCGGACAAUGCAGAGAUAAACAUCAUGAAAUCAACAGUAUAAAUGCAAUUAACCCAACUCACAUCACAAAGCUCCUACAGAAGAUUGAUGAAAUCGUCAAACAGAAUGACGACCAGCAUUACAAUACUGACAUCUAUUUGAAGUCCCCAACAAAGGUUAAAAAAAGUAAAGCAAAAACUGGAAGAAGAAAAGGAGGACCCAAAAAAAGCACAGAGAAAGAGACAAAAUAAGAGAAAGUAAAACCAUGUGGAAAACAUUUAAAAGUGUAAUACAAGAAAACAUAACACAUACUGUGACCGAUCCAGAAAAGGAAGCUCUUAUUUCUUAUGUGAGAAAAACAGAAACUCAUGAAGAUGAAGAAAAAGCUUGGUUUUUUCAAGAAAGCAAGAAUGUAAGUGAUAGCGGAUCAUUAAUAAGAUCAGUGGAAUUCUCAUACGAAGAAAUGGCAGAGGUAAAUGUGAUCCAGACAGAAAGCUGGAAAAUGAGCAGAACAGGAAGAUGGGACCAGAGAAACACCCAAGCAGAUCUCAGAAUUGUAAUGGUGGGAAAAACUGGAGCUGGAAAGAGCGCAACAGGAAACACCAUCCUGGGACAAAAUUUUUUUAAAGAAGAAAUGUCUUCUGAAUCUGUGACUGGAAAAUGCCAACAAUAUCAGCAGAGGGUAGAAG